UCUCCCCGCUGCUGCUACUGCUGCUGCUGCCUCCUCCUCCUCCUCCUCCUCCGUGCGGCUCCGUGCGGGCACAGCGCGGCCAUGGUGGACUCUCCCGGCGCGAUGAAGAAGACCUUCUCGGUGCCGGAGAUCAAGCCGCUGGACCAGUACGACUUCGGCCGGGCCAAGAUCUGCGCCAGCGUCCGGUGGCUGCUGUCCAAGUCGUACGGCUCUGCAGAAAAUGUGCCUGUGGAGUUGCGGGAUCCGUUCUACAAGGACCAGUAUGCGCAGGAGCACCUGAAGCCGUCCGUCUCCAAGCUGCUGCUCUCCCCGGAGAUCUACUGCCGAGCUCAGGCCCUGCUGGCCCGGGCGCACGGGGGCCCCUCGCCGGCGUCGCAGGGGCCCCCGGCCGACAACUCCGCGCUGCUGCAGUGCCUCAUCAAGAAAGGUUUCGGCCCAAAGGUCCAGGAUGUAGACGUCACGGAGGAGGAUCUGAGCAGCGUCCCCAUCAAGACGAAGUCCCACCUGGCCCUGAUCGACGCUCUGAUGUCAGUGGCUGCCGAGGAGACGGUCGGCCGGGUGACGAUGGCGGCGGAGGCGGAGCAGAUGGGCGUCGGGGCUCCGUGGGAGAACGCUCUGCUCUUCUGGGUCAACAGGCUGAACCAGAAGUUGAGAGAAAGCACAGAAGAAGAGGAGCCGCUCAAAUCAUCGCAGACGUGUACCGACCUGCUGCCCUCUCAGGAAUCGUGUCCGUCCACCCGCUGGUACUGGAAGCUCGUCCCCCAUGCUAUCGCUUUUUGUUUGAAGGAGUCGGGGAAUAAGCCGCCAGUGAUCCGCUACAGGAAGGACAAAGUGCAGUCUAAGCUGACGCCCACUUUCCCUCUGGUCUGCGCGGUCAAAGACCUGUCUAAUGGCUGCGCUAUAGCUGCCGUGUUACACUACUACUGCCCCGGCUUGCUGCCUCUAGAGGACGUGUGUCUGAAGGACACGAUGUCGGUGGCCGACAGCCUCUACAACCUGCAGCUGAUCAGAGAGUUCUGUGAGAGCAGUCUGCAGAGCUCGUGCCCGCUCGCUGUGGAGGACCUGCUCUACGCCCCACCACUUCUCCAUCUGAACAUCAUGAGCUUCAUAGCGGAGCUGCUGGAGUGGUUCGAGGUCAAGAAGCCGGAUUUCGUCCGGCCCGUCCAGCCCAUCGACCUCACAGAUGUCUCGGGGCUCCUGGAUUGUACAAGUCCCGUCACUGGGAACAGCAACAGUGGUUGCCCUUCCUUUAUCUUCAAACAACCCUUUGUGCCCAUCUGCUCACCAGUGUCACCGGAAAACAAAAGUUGGACAAAGAAACAAAUCAGUCGUCCUCUGUCUGCAGUGACUUUCAGCAUCCCAUUUGGGCUGGACAGUGAUGUUGACAUUGUCAUGGGAAACCCAAUAGAUUCUGUCUUUCGCUCUGUCAGCACUGACAGCCUAACCGCCGGCAUCCCUGCAAUGACCUUGCCGGCGACUUCAGCAGGGAUGACUCGUGUCCCGUACAGCCCUCCAGAGGACCUCAGCCACCUGGUCAGUGCUUCAGCGCCAUCGCAGCGCUCUUCCUGGGGACCUUAUGCACAGACAGCACCCCUAGGAGAGCUGCCAACUAUUGAGGAGGCGCGACAGGUGAUUCAUAAUCCCAACAGCAAAGAUCGAAAGAAGGGAAGGAUGCAAGAGAAAGGUGGAAGAGUGGUGUGGGCAGGAAGGCCGGAGCCCAGGUUAUGCCCCGAGGGAGCCCCUGCCGGUUUUUUCCUGCACUCCCCUGAGGUUGAUAAUCCUCAGCUGAGUAGCUCUGCUCCCUGUCGUUCUGGAGUCCUCCACCGGCCUGUUGGUGGAGAAGUGGGUGAUAAUGAGAAGCAAGGAAGGGGAGAGAGGAGGGAGAGAUCAGGGCGCAGCUCUGAUAUGUCACGUGAUGAUGACUCUGUUCUACGAGAUGGCAGCGUUGACUCCUCUGAAGCAUCAGACGAUGGCCCUAGAAAUGCACCUGGUAAUAUUCGACCCGGUAGCGGUCGCCAGGGGAACCACAGCACUAACAACAGUCCACGAAUGACAAGCUUUGCCGAGCGACGAGACAGCAGAAGAAGACAUCCCGCUGCUCCUGGAGAAGAGUCGCCCUCUGCUCCGACCCCAACAACCCCAGGAACUCCACACACACCCUCAACCCCGGCGGGGGCACCUGGCCGCCAGGAUAGCCCAGGUCCGAGAGGCCCUGAACCAGGCUCAGAGGCCUGGGAGUUGGGAGCUCGUCUGGAGGAAAAACGGAAAAGCAUUGAAGCCCAAAAAAGACGCAUUGAGGCCAUCUUUGCCAAGCACAGACAGAGGCUUGGAAAAACGGCUUUCCUUCAAUUGAAAAGAGAGCAAGGAGAGGGAGGAGGGGAGGGAGCUGAGGAGGAUAAUGUCACCCUGGAGGAGCGCCUCACACACAUGGAGGAACAACUGAAACUGGAGGAGGAGAAAGAGAAGGAGAAAGAAAAAGAAGGAGAUAAGGCGAAAGAGAAGCCAUCUAUUUCCAAUCCUCCUCGGCUGGAGAAGCAGGUCACAUUCUCUAUUGAGACUAAGAAAGGGGCAGACAAAGAGUCUGCCGAAAAAGAGAAAGUAGGUGCAGCUGCCCAUGUGGAAUAUAAUGAAGUGGUGCAGAAACUGAGUGAAGCUCUGCAGUCACUACAGAAGGACAUGCAGAAACUUACGGAGCAGCAACAUCAUCUCAUGAGCAACCAAAGACCCAGAAGUUCGCCUAAGACCACUCCAAAAUCCACACCUAGAAGUACAAUCAAAACACCACCAAAAACUCCUCCCCACACACCGACAAAGACACCACCAAGGACCCCAACAAAGACUCCAACCAGGAGCAACACUAAACCUUGGGGGAUCCCCUCUAGUCCCAAUCUCCCCUCUGCCUCCUCUCCAUCACGACGUUCUCAUGUUCUGUCCAUGUCCACCUCUCCCAAAAUCAUCGUCUCUUCCUCCUGCCCUGCUCCUCGCACUAAGAUUCCCUCCUCCUCCACACCCCGCAGCCCCAAACAGCUCCAGCGCCCCCAACAGCAGCGCCCCCAUCCACGGCCGUCUGAACUCAAGUUCCCGCCGCUCAAUCGUGUCCUGACGUCAACCCAUACUGUGGACACCCUCCCUCACUUGCGACGCGGGUCCCCCAGCAAAUGUCAGGUUCAGACCUCCUCUUCCUUCCGUAUUGGUGGUCCCCGGACUCCUCAGGAAUAUCCUCAGCCUGCCCUGCUGCCACAGCCUGAUGAGAGCACAUCGGACACAGGCUCUAGUGAGACACCCACCCAGUUCAGCCUGGAGCUGGAGCAGGAGGAUCUUGAGGCUGUCGGAGACCUGCCGGUCUCAUCACUGCCCAGACACGAUCGUCCAAGGGCAACUGGUGGCAGCAGCUCCGGCGCUCCUUCAGAGUGCUCAUUUGAGAGCGAGACUUUGUCCCUUUCUGCUGCAUAUAGCACGGGAGGCGAAGGCGGGAGAGUUGGGGGUGCGGGGAAGCGCUGCAGCCUGAUCGAGGUGUCACUAUCAUCUCAUGGAGGGCCAGAGGGAGGCAGCGAUGAACCAACUGACGAAGGGCACGAGUUUUCCUCGGAUUCUAUGAGUGAUCACAUGGAAUCUGCUGCGGAACUUGCAAGAGGACUCACCCCAGAACCCUUUGAUCCCAUAGAGCAGUUGAAUCGUGUGACGGAAGCCACAGAUUUGCCAGAGGAACAAACUGAAACCAAAGAAGACAAAAGACAGACGGAUUCCUUGGAACCAAGCAGAGAACAGAAUGAGCUGGAGACCAGAGGAGGAAUAGGAUUCUUCUUUAAGGAAGAUGUACAUAGUGAGGGGGAGAUGGCCCAGCGUAGAGCUUUCCUGUUGGAAAGACAGCAGAAGAGAACAGAGGAGCUGAAGAAGAGGAGACAGUUGAGUGACCAAGAAAGGGAAAACAGACCAGCGUCUUCAGACAAGAGAGUGGCAUCUCCCUGCAACACACCUCCUGCAGGCACCACCUCCCCUUCCCCAACACCUCCUGCUACUCCUUCCCGUCGGGGAGAUUUCACACGUGGGGAGUACGCCCUGCGCCACCAGCUCAGGGUCAUGGAUGAUCUGGACAAAGUUCUGCGGGCCAAAACGUCCAAUCAAGGACGAUCUUCGGCAAAGAAAACCCGCUCCCGGCCUCGCAGCAUGACCAGAGAGGAAACCAAGCUGUCUUUGAGUCCAGCCAAGGGAACAGCCGUCUCUAAGCUGAACAAAGUCUACUCUCACUCUUCCCUCAACCUGGCAGCAACGAAUGAGCCAGGAAACCAUGGUGGUGACCCCACUAAGAAACCCCACAGCAGCCGCCCCGAUUCGCCAUCAGGAUGUGUGACGCCAAGUAGAAUGGCCAUUCAGAACGGGGAUAAGGACUGGGAGAGCGGUUCCAAUGGAACCUCACCGGCCCCUGAAUACACAGGUCCAAAGCUCUUCAAAGAACCAAGCUUCAAGUCCAACAAAUUCAUCAUUCAUAAUGCUCUCUCUCGCUGCUGCCUGGCUGGAAAGGUCAACGAGACACAAAAAAACAAAAUAGUUGAGGAGAUGGAGAAGAGUCCUGCCAACCACUUCCUCAUCCUCUUCCGUGAUUCCAGCUGCCAGUUCAGGGGCGUCUACACCAUGAACCCCGACUCCCAGGAGCUCGUGCGGUUGACCGGCGUGGGUCCCCGGCAAAUUGGCUCCACCCAGGUGGAGUCCAUCUACAAAUACAGUUCAGACAGGAAGCAGUUUAAUGCCAUCCCCUCUAAAACCAUGGGCAUGAGCGUUGACGCCUUCACCAUUCCCAGCCAUCUUUGGCAUGGAGGAGGAGCAGGAGGAGGGGGAAGCAGGAGAGCGAGCAUUACUAAGAAGGCAGUUAUCUCCAAGUGAGGAAUAUAACGCAACAUCAUAACUAAUUACAGUGAAAGCUGUUAUUUGUGCACAGCUAAGCCUUUAGGCAAGUGUGUGCCCACAUACACCUUACCUGUCAUGGUCCUUAGAUUUUAUUAGAAAUACAAAAUAUUGAAAAAAAAAUAGUUUUACUCCCCCGUUACGAGCAUGAGAACAUCAACGGCACAACUUAGUUCCCAUUUAGAGAAAACAGAGACACACAUUCGUAUCCAGGGUGUGCAGAGGAAGGUUUUGUAAAACGCUGAGGGGAAUUGCACAAGGAAGAGUCACUUUUAAAAAGUCUUGUUACUUAUACUUUCAUUGUUUGAAGUACAAACUUGAAAGAAAAAAUACUUUUUUCUUUCAGAUGUAAAGGAAACUGUAUAAGGUUGUUUACCGAAAAAAAAACCCACGGACUUUCAGUGAGAUUACUGUCUGAUCCCUGUGCGGUUCUGUGGACUGUGGUCCUGAAGCAGAAGAACCGGUUUUAUACAUUUAAGCCAAACGACGGAGAAAAUGCCUUCCCGUGUCAGAGUGACUGGCGGGACUUUGUGUUUGUUUCUGCCCACAGCUGUCAGCAGGUCGAUCAAAGCAAAUUUAGUUUCUUUGCUAAAUUACGAUAGAUAUAACCAUAUGAUAAAUAGGUGACCGAGUCAAAGAUCUGUUAAUGCGUGUGAGCGAUGGUUACCGCAGCAUGAAUGGUUAUUCACUGUAUGUGGUAUAAGCUUAUUUCAAAAAUGAUAAAGUGAGAACUUGUGGUUUGCUGAAACCUUGUUGAUGUUGGGUAUACUGUAUGUAUGAGCAACAGACGCCAAUUAAAACAACCUUUUGUACACUAUUGAACUAUAAGCUUACAUCUAGAAGUAUCUGGAUUGUUGCACUCUCGGGUCGGGGACGGGGUUCGGAGCGUCGGCCUCCAUUUUGGAUCUGGCUCUGAUUUGGCCGACUGCCUGAAUUUGCCAAGCAUUGCGGCCAAUGAAUCCUUUGUCGAAUCUUUCCUUUGCAAUCUCUUUAAGUCUCUUUCAUAGAAAAGGAAAAUUGUGGAUUUUUGCGAAAUGUAAAAAAAAGGUAGAGGAAUGUUGAAUCCCUGCUCAGAUAUUUGUCAUUCAUCAUGUUAAAAUACGAACUUGCCUCAAGCAGCAGUCGGUGGUACUUUAUAUUGCUGGUAAUGUUGUGUACAGUACGUAGAGAAAUCUGCAAUUCAUUUGGUUUAGGUUUUUGGUGAAAUAAAAACAGUUCAAGUUUUGAACAGGAUUCGAUGAAGGACUCAAAAGGAUUUAGAUCCGAUAAAUUGAACCCGAUCCCGCGUCUUAGUGGAGCGUGCACACAAUUAAAUUGUUGUUUUUCAGACCAGCAUUCGUGUAUGAAAUAACAGACUGGAUUAAACUCCACAGCUCAA